CUAAUCCAGAACUAAGCGUACUCAGGCAUCUCCAUCCUGUGUCUGGUACUAAGAUGAUCCCGUUCGCGACGGUGGAGGCGACCGAGGCGGCGCUCGGCCGAUCCCUGACGUUUGCGGAGGCCGCGUGGUUCCGGUACUCGGCGUCGACGCCGGACUACUGCCUCUGCUUCCACAACUUCGUCAUCCUCUUCGCCUGCUACACGCUCACGCCGCUGCCGCUCGCCCUGCUCGAGCUCUGCACGCCGGCGAAACUGACCGCGCCCUACAAGCUUCAGCCCAGGGUGCGGCUGUCGCUGGUUGCCUUCCUCCGCUGCUACACGGACACAGCGUGCGUCUUGUUGCUCCUCACCUUCGGUCCCCUCCUGCUCAUCCCCUACCCUGUCGUUAAGAUCUCGGGGAUCAGGACAGGGCUGCCGCUUCCGUCGGCGGGGGAGGUGGCGGCGCAGCUCUUGGCGUACAUGCUCAUGGAAGACUACCUGGGCUACUGGUUCCACCGCUGUCUGCACAGCGAGUGGUUCUACGACAAGAUCCACUACGUCCACCACGAGUUCAGAGCUCCCAUGGGAUUCGCCGCGGCACACGCGCACUGGUCCGAGUCGCUCGUGCUGGGCUUCGCCGCCUUCGUCAGCAUAGCCAUCGUACCGUGCCACAUAACCACCUGCUGGCUUUGGUUUGCCAUCCGCGGCGCCGUGGGUGUCGAGAUUCACUGCGGGUUCAGUUUCCCAUUCAGCCCCACCAAGCUUAUCCCGUUCUACGGAGGUGCAGAAUUCCAUGACUACCACCAUCGCUAUGGAGGGAAAUGGAACCACAGUAACUUGGCUCCGUUGUUCACUUUUUGUGACUAUAUAUAUGGGACGCAUAGUGGUUACAGGAACCAUAAGGCAGAGAUGAUGAAGCUGAAGGAUACCAAUGUUACUUUCAAGAAUGAAGGGUUUGAUGGAUCCGAAAGUUGGAAACUAGAAUAGAGAGUAUCGGCAAGACCACCUGUCAUGGUUAUGCUGUGAUUGGUUGGACCCAUAUAUAUAUAUAUAUAGUGCCAUAUAUCAUUUUCUAAAAUGAAUCAAAUGAAAGUGAAUACAAUUACCAUUGGCUAUA